CUUCUUGCCUGCCUGGAAGUCUGCAGCUAAAAUUGUGUUAAGGAGUUUACUGCUGAAGCUGCUACAGAAACCAAUGUCUUUGUAUUUUCCUGCUAACGAAUACGGGGUGCUUUGCAUUCAGGAAUACGGAAAAAACAGCAAAGUGGAGUCAAGUGCACAUAACAGCUUCAUGGGCUUGAAGGAUCACCUAGGACAUGACCUCGGCCACCUUUAUGUGGAGAGCACUGACCCACAGUUAAGUCCAGCUGCACCUUGGUCAACAGUAGAGAGACCAAGUAUGGAUACCGUUAAUGCGGGAAAGGAUGAAAAAGAGGUGUCUGAAGAGAAUGCAAGCUCUGGUGACUCUGAAGAAAACACAAAUUCUGAUCAGGAGUCAGAACAAUCGGGUAGCAUUUCAGUAGAGCCAGGCUUAAUAACUAAGACUCACAGACAACUCUGCAGGUCUCCCUGUUUACAGCCUCACAUACUCAAGCGCAAUGAAAUUUUGCAAGACUUUAAACCUGAAGAGUCCCAGACUACAUCCAAGGAAGCAAAGAAACCACCUGAUGUGGUGCGAGAAUACCAAACAAAACUGGAGUUUGCACUUAAGUUAGGUUAUUCUGAAGAACAGGUUCAGCUUGUACUAAACAAACUUGGUACUGAUGCUUUAAUCAAUGAUAUUUUGGGAGAACUUGUCAAACUUGGAAAUAAAAGUGAGGCUGAUCAGACGGUUAGUACAAUUAACACUAUAACACGGGAAACUUCUUCCCUGGAAUCUCAGAGGUCUGAAUCUCCAAUGCAAGAGAUUGUAACAGAUGAUGGUGAAAAUCUGAGACCAAUAGUUAUUGAUGGCAGCAAUGUGGCAAUGAGCCAUGGAAACAAAGAAGUAUUUUCCUGCAGAGGAAUAAAAUUGGCAGUGGAUUGGUUUUUGGAAAGAGGCCACAAAGAUAUUACAGUUUUUGUUCCUGCGUGGAGGAAAGAGCAAUCCCGACCUGAUGCUCUCAUUACAGAUCAGGAAAUUUUACGUAAGUUAGAAAAGGAGAAAAUCCUGGUGUUCACGCCAUCCCGGCGAGUCCAGGGGAGGAGAGUGGUGUGCUAUGACGACAGGUUCAUCGUGAAGCUGGCUUUUGAGUCGGAUGGUAUCAUUGUGUCCAAUGAUAACUACAGGGAUUUGGCUAAUGAGAAACCAGAAUGGAAGAAGUUCAUAGAUGAACGAUUAUUAAUGUAUUCAUUUGUCAAUGACAAGUUCAUGCCCCCUGAUGACCCUCUUGGCAGACAUGGCCCCAGUCUGGAUAAUUUUCUGAGGAAGAAACCUAUUGUUCCUGAACACAAAAAGCAGCCUUGUCCAUAUGGAAAGAAGUGUACCUAUGGACACAAGUGCAAAUAUUAUCAUCCCGAAAGGGGCAGCCAGCCGCAGCGGUCAGUGGCUGAUGAACUCCGUGCCAUGUCUAGAAAUACGGCAGCCAAAACUGCAAACGAAGGAGGACUGGUGAAAAGCAACAGUGUUCCUUGUAGCACCAAGGCUGAUAGCUCUUCUGAUGUCAAACGAGGUGCUCCAAAGAGGCAAUCAGAUCCAAGCAUAAGGACUCAAGUCUACCAAGACCUAGAAGAAAAGCUUCCCACCAAAAACAAAUUGGAAACCAGGUCUGUACCUUCCUUAGUUAGCAUCCCGGCUACUUCUACUGCAAAACCCCAAAGCACUACAUCUUUAAGCAAUGGCCUUCCAUCUGGAGUUCAUUUCCCACCUCAGGAUCAAAGACCACAGGGACAAUAUCCUCCAAUGAUGAUGGCAACCAAAAAUCAUGGAACGCUAAUGCCUUAUGAACAGUAUCCAAAAUGUGACUCGCCUGUCGACAUUGGAUAUUAUUCCAUGUUGAAUGCAUACUCAAAUCUGAGUCUCUCAGGCCCACGAAGCCCUGAAAGGCGUUUCUCCUUAGACACAGAUUAUAGAAUAAGUUCCGUAGCUUCUGACUGCAGCAGUGAAGGGAGCAUGAGCUGUGGGAGCAGUGACUCCUACGUGGGUUACAAUGACCGGUCCUAUGUCAGCUCCCCCGACCCACAGCUAGAGGAGAAUUUGAAGUGUCAACACAUGCACCCUCACAGCCGCCUUAAUCCUCAACCCUUCCUGCAGAAUUUCCACGACCCCUUAACCAGAGUGCAAAGUUACAGUCACGAAGAACCAAAGUUCCAUCACAAGCCUCCUCUUCCGCACUUGGCUCUGCACCUGCAGCACCCCGCUGUGGGCGCCCGGUCCAGCUGUCCCGGCGACUACCCCUCUCCUCCAAGUUCAGCACACUCUAAGGCACCACACCUAGGGAGGUCCUUGGUGGCCACGAGAAUAGACAGCAUCUCUGACUCUCGACUUUAUGAUAGUUCUCCUUCACGACAAAGAAAGCCUUAUUCCCGCCAGGAAGGCCUGGGAGGCUGGGAGAGGCCGGGUUAUGGGAUCGACGCCUAUGGGUACCGGCAGACAUAUUCCUUGCCCGAUAACUCCACGCAGCCGUGUUAUGAGCAGUUCACCUUCCAGAGCCUCCCCGAGCAGCAGGAGCCGGCCUGGCGGAUCCCGUACUGUGGAAUGCCGCAAGAUCCCCCCAGGUAUCAAGACAACCGAGAAAAGAUUUAUAUCAAUUUGUGCAACAUCUUCCCACCUGACCUUGUGAGAAUUGUCAUGAAAAGGAAUCCUCACAUGACAGACGCCCAGCAGCUCGCCGCAGCCAUUUUAGUGGAGAAAUCCCAGCUGGGUUAUUGAAAGAUGAUGCAUCUUUGUGGUGUUUAGUAGUUUUUUGUUCAGCUCAAAUGCUGAGGGAGGUUUGCUACAAUAGCACAUGUGAUCUCCUUCUCAGCAAGGAGGUUAUAUAGUAUCCAUUUAUGUGAAAUACUGUAUCAUGGAAUCUGUAUGUAUAGCCCCACAUGGUGGAAGUAUCACGGGAUUGCUUUACAUUUAAACUUUUUUUUAACAUUUCCUUUUUAAAGCUAUAUCCUUGGCUGGAAAUUUUUCCAGUUUGAUUUAAUAGAUGUAUCUGUGAUCUUUGAUAUUAAUCUUUGGUGCAUCAGGGGUUUAUAUGCAGCACUUUUUAUCCUUGUUUUGUGUUUUAUUAACUUGGUGUUUGUCUAUCAAUUGCAAGCAAUUACAAUACCUUCAGAAUGUGGGACAUUUGACUAGACCUAGCAAACUGUUUUUUCGAGCCAAGCUUAAUUAGACUCUUUUACAGCUUUUUAAGUUAUUUUUAUUUGGGGAAAGUGGGCUUCUUUGUGCUAUAAUCAUUAUUUAUAGAAACAAAGAUAUACUACAGCACUGACUUUAUAUUUUAAACAAAAUGUAAGUUACCAGUUUUAUGUUGAAAUGGGUAACAGUAUAUAUAUUAGAAUGAUUUACAAUAUGGCACUUUUCAUUGUGUUAUUUUUGUUUGGAUUUUUUUCUGUUAAGAAAUUAGUUAAUUUAAUAUGGUUGAUUUAAAAGAAAGCAGAUGCAAUCAAUGGAAAAAAUGUUUCCAUUUUUUUUAAAUGAAUAAGGCAAAAGCUAUAACUGUUACAGGUUAGAGCUUUGUUAUCCAGCUGUGAUGUGCUUCUAGACAGUAGAAGUGGAAUUGAAUUCCUAGAUUUCCAUUAACCUGUAUUUUUAAUAUGUCUGUCUUUUUGUUUUGGGGCACAACAAUACUGGAUAAAAUAACCCUUUCACAGCACUUGCCUGUUUUUAAUGAAUCUAAUUAUUCACAAUGCAACUUUUAUAUUUAACAUACUCUUUAGCUUUCCUGCUAUUUAUCAAGGCUGGCCUGAGGUGGGUUUAUGUGUUGAGGAUAUGCAACAUUUCUUGAUACUGCACUAUAGAAAUGGUGAUGGAGAAGUUGUAAAUGGUAACUUAAAAUUUUUGUAAGAUAUUGUAUAUUUUCCAUUUUCCUGAAGGUAGUUUUCUUGGGGGGCCUGUUAUAUUAUUAAGGCCAGAUUCUUGCCACAAAUAGUGUAGUUUUAGAUACAGACUAAGGUCUGUUCUAGUAUUAGUAAGGGAUAUUUCUGGUUUCAAAGUCCUGGGUUUUGCUAGCGGUGAAUACAUUUCUGCGGAUUAGAAGACAGAUUUUGCAGCCAGUGGCAGACAGUUGUGUGACUGACAUCACUUGACGGUUGCCUCCAGAUUUUGAAUUGUACUUUGUGUAACAGACUCAUUCAGAUCUUUUUCUGUAGUCUGCUUAGAUGCCCUGGCUAUUCUGAUUAUUCUACAUGCUACAGUUUGAAGUAAAGCCCUGAAAAACCAGAAAGUACCUUUUACUGUUGAUACAAAUUGUAUCUUUUUAACUAUAAGAACUGUUUUGAUUUGUAGAUCUAGUUAAAACACAAGUAUGUAACUAUGAUUAGACUUUUGGGCAACAUUUUAUCCCUUAUUUAAAUACAAAUUUUUUAAGUAAAAUUGAGGUCUAGAAUAGGUUAGAAAAUAAAAAUAACAAUUUAGAUAAAUAAAAGUGUUUGUCUUAGUUUUAUAUAAUAUAUUAAAACACAUUACAUAAAUUUAUUGGCAUUUUCUUUCUCCUAAAACUUACCUAGUGUGAACUUAAAAUAAAGGUAAAAUGCUGCCUGAAAAUAAUGUCCAAGCACCUUUGACUAGGAUAACAUUUUCACUACUUGUGCGACACUGUGUGUUGCACGAAGUAGGAUUUGGGUAUACAGUAAAUGCUUCUAAAAGGCAUUGUGCAUAUUGACAUAACCAAUAAUCUGAACCGUGUUCAGCAAACUUAAUUCAGGAAAGUGGUAUUCUACACAAUUAUUGCUGUUGUGUUUGAAAUGAGUGUGGCACUCAUCUGUACCCAGAAAUAAUAUGGGUGAGACCACACAACCCAUUGUGAGUGGUGUCUGUCUGAGAGCAACGCUACUCACCUGUGAAAUCGUUCUCCUUGAUUUGGUUGGUCACUAUAAAGCAAGUUUAAACAUAGAGGCUAACUCAGUGCCAAAACUAGGGUUACAGAUGUGUAAUAUCUUUUAUUUUAGUCAUAUUCUAAGACUUUUUUUUUAGUAUGAAAUCACUUUUAAAUUAUACAUGUAGGUUUUGCUUCCAUUUUCUUCAUUUUACCAUUUAUUUGAACAUUCACCAAAUUUUACUACAUUUAUUUAAAUGAGAUCUUAGGUGAGAUGUGUGUGACACUUUGAAUUUGACCUUCUUGUGUUAUUAGCUGACUAUUUGUCAUUGCCUCAUGGAUUUUAAAUUAUGGGAAAAUAGUGUAGCCAGCUGCCACCUCUACUGAAGUGAAUAGCUCUGAACUACCCACACUAAAUCCUUCAGUGUAAUUAAUUAUGAGUUUAAAAAUAGCAGUUUUCUUAUGUGAAGAGGACAAUUUGUCCCCUUGUUUUGAAUCGCCAGUGUUGCGUUCAGAGCUGUAGAAUGAGAUAAUUGGCAGACUUUAGGUACAGCAAAUUCUUACUUAUCUAAAGCAAUAAGUCAAAGGAGUCCAUCAUUAAAUUAAAUCCAUAGCUGAUCACAAGCCUUCAUGUUAGCCAAAACUUUCUCUCUAACCAAAUCUUUUACCAGACUUGCUAAUAAGUAACCAGAGAGGUGUGUUAAUAAGUGAAAUUGCCAGAAAUGGUCAACUGAUCAAAAACAAAAAAAGGAUUCAGAUUGGAAUAUUUUGCCCCUGAAUAAUUGACAGUUGACUGUACUUUACACAGUAAGUAGCCAGUCUGUUGUCUCUGUGUCUUAGUCCAGAGGGAAUAGUACCUAACUGGCCAAAUACUGGCUCUUGGUAUUUCCUUCUUUCUUGCAUGUGAUACAGACGUUUUCAGUCUUGUUUUUAUGAUCUCUCUAGAUAUCCUGAUAAGAGUUUGUCACUGACCUACACAUUUGGAAGAAAUGCACACCAGUAUACAAUAUUUGAUACUGGUGGAAACUUGACCUUUGUGUUUUUAUGAAAAUUCAUUUAUGAGAAUAUGUAAUAUAACUGAAGAGUAUUUUAUAUAUAUCUAUAUAUACACAAAUAUGUAUUUGUUAUGAGGUAUUAAAAACAGGGGUUGGGGGAGUGCUUCUGAUGGCUAACUUUUCUCUAAUUGAACUAUGUUUCUUUGAGUUGUGAACGACCAAGUCUGGGGUCUGGACAGCCAAUGAUAAGAUUUAGAACCACUUGGAUGGAAAGCGAUUCUUCACUGGUUUUAUUCUUGGUAUUUUAAAAGAAUUAUUUUGAUAUUUUUAAUAGAAUGUGUAAUUUUAAAGUACACAAAAAACUUAAAGUAGUAUUGAUUAUACAAAUAAUUAUUUAACAUGUCUUAUGGAUGUAUCUAUAUGUAUAUAGACAGUAAUAUAUUUAUAAAACAAAUAUACUUUGCUUAUGUUAUAGCUCUUGUUUGUGACAGGUGGGAGGAUGGCUCUGGGGGUGUGUGUGUGUUUGUGUGUGUGUGUGUGUUUGUGUGUGUGUGUGUGUGUGUGUGUUGAAAACUCAAGCUGUUUUCCUCUGAUUUACAAUGGUAUUUACUUUAAAGUAUAUAUGGUUUUCGUUAUCCUUUUUGCUAUUCAGCUUCCUUAUUCAAGAUAAAAUAAGAUGUACAGUUUUCUGGCCAUUCUGUUGGUGUGUGGUGCAUCCAUUUUAUUGUCAUAUAACUCCUGGAGAAUUCUCAAGUGACCUGAAAUCAAACAGGUUCUGGUUGGACAUAUACUUAUGUUCCAAAUAUAUUAAAGAUGGUAAUUCAGCUAACAUGUUAAGUUUCCAAGGUAUACACUGACAAAUAAAGUGAGGUAUUAAAAAGAGAUGGAUUACACACAUGCCUUAGAAUAAGAGAAAACAGAGCGUUAAUAAAAGUAAAAAAAACAUACACUAUCUUAGCCCCCUAGGGCAGGGGCGGAUUUUUUCUGUAAAGGAUCAGAUAGUAAAUAAUACAGGAAUCAUAUGGGCUUAAAAUAUCAUUGUAAAAACUACUCAUCUCUGGCUGUAUGGCAUAAGAACAGCCACAGAUAACACGUAAAUGAGUGUGGCUGUGUUCCAAUAAAACUUUAUUUACAGAAACAGGAAGCAGGUCAGAUUUGGCCUGUGGGCCAGGGUUUGCUGAUCUCAAGCAGUAAAUCCAGUAUAUGUUAACAGAAGAAAUCAUAAUUGCAUUUCAGUUGACAUUCAAAGAAAAUCUGGUAGUUUUUGAUAUCCUUCAAAAGACGAUUGUUAGACAUUCAUAUGAAAGCAUCCUAAUUCAUUUGAGUUUUUUACCUGUUUACACCCGUUAUUUAUUAGAGAUAUUUCUUGUGCUUCACCACACACAAAAAAAGCAUUCUGUUAAAAUGUUUUAAUAUGUAUUGAAUUUUUUUCAUGAACUUUUCAUUUCUAUUGAUAAAUGGGAAUCCCUUACCAACCUUUUGUUUUUUAACAGCCUCAUGGACCAAAAAAAUCUGUUGCAGCAUUUAAUUAGCCACAAAUACAUUUUGGCUGCAUUUACCAGUUACAUUUUUCUGUUGGUUUUGGCUUCUAAUAAAUGAUAUAUCUGCCAUUCUUUAAAAAUGGUUUUAAAGAAGAUAAAUAUAUUGUAAUUUCACAUGCUAUAGCUUUAUUCUGUAAGAUUAAAACUUGUGACUAGUGUAAUUGUAGCUAUAAUGUGAGUGGCAUGUUACAAUGUAACUCUUUAUAAGAAAUAAAAUGUAUCUCUGCUUUGUCUGUCCAGAUCUUUAGGUUUUUUAGAUGCUUUGGGACUGUCCUUGGUGAAUGAUAUUCUUCAUAUGAUCAUGUGUAAUUCUGAGUUCGUUGGAAGUACACGCUGCUGAGCAUGUUCAUUCACAGUGCUUUAUACCGGCUGUUGCAUGGAUAAUAUCAUUUUCAUAAGAACAUUUAAACAGCAUGAACAUCAUUAUUCACUUCAAUAGUUAAACUUUCUUUUAAAAUUGGAAUGCAACUCUGGGUUUUAACAAUGUUUAUUGUUUUUUUAAGUGGUUACUUUGUUUUUCCUUAAUACUUUCUGUUAACUUGCUAUUAACUCCUGUUGCAGUGUUAACUGUUAUAUGUUAGAAAGUGGCUUUUCCCCUAAGAUUCUUAGUCUUUUAGAUUUAAAGACAAUUUAAGGUUUUGGCCAUUUGGCAGUAGAAAAUGUGCAUGUUUUAACUUAGCUUUAUAAAAUCCCUAACGUUUUACUUCUUGAACCAUAUACCAAAUUUGCCAAUUUUCUGUCCAAGUAUUUCAGAUGAAUAACAAAAUGUUGUUCAUUAAAGCUUUUGCCACCUUUCUUAAAGCAGCUUAUGUUCCAAGGGAAGAAGGCAUCGAAAAGCAAACGUUUCUUUUUAUGAAGAAUACGUGUUCGAAUUCCUUCAGUUUUUUUGAAAUUAGAAAUUUCUUAUGUGAAAUAUUCACAAACAUGCAGACUUCUGCAGAGACAAAGCAUUUCAUUGCAAGCGUACCAGGUUAUUGAUUUUAUCUUUUCCUUUCAGGGUUUUUUCUCCCAAACCAGAGUCGUAUGCUGCUAGUAGAAUUUUUUAUUUGAUCCUGCAAACUUUUCUUAUAGGAAAAGUAAGGCAAAAGAUGUUCAGUGCAACCAUCUGAUAAACUGAUGUGAUUGUAUUUAUCCUCUGUUCUGUGUAUUUCUGUAAUGGAAUCUUUAUAAUUCCCAAAGCAGUAUUUUAGAUCUACUGGAAAUCUAUAUCAAAACAGCUAUGUGAUUCUGCCACUGAGAAAAAAAUUUAAAAAUUCUUUUUUCUUCUGCUGGUUUGUUUUUCUUUAAUGAAGAAAUUGAUCUCAUAUGGCACCAUAGAUGCUAAAUAAAUAAAAGCAUCAUACUUCUCUACUUUGCCUGCAUUCAGAGCUUAACAUUGUGAGCAUUGUGUAAGAUAAACACAUGGUCAGUAUCAAUGUAAAUGUUAGAGCCAUAAUUAAUUUCUAUGAAAAUUGAAAUUAAAUGUCAAAGACAACUAGACAUAA